AUGGUACAUUUACAUGCGUUAGGACUGCUUGCUUCUGUGUCUGGACUGCAGCUGGUCGCUGCACAGGGUGCUUCCCAGACAUACGCGGCCACGCUUGCGGGCUUGUACAAUAUGCCGACAUCUACCGUACUUCCUUUCCCUAGUAGCACUAUUCCAGCGCCCACUGCGCAGGCAUUUAUUACUUCCGGGGCCUCUUCGGACGGCCUCGGUUGGUCACUGUCCAAGGGGCGUCUUCAAAACGGAGGAGAUAACAUGGCAUUCGUCGCCGAUCCCUUUCCCUCGGCUUCGUUGGCCAAAGACCCAGACGUCUCGGCAUCUGCGUAUGCCGAGCCUGUACUUCGGAUAACGUAUCCUGCUGGUAGUUAUUCAAACCACACGGGAGGCGGUGCCCAAUUCGUUCAGCUAUGGAAUUCAACUUCUAACUUUCAGAGCAUGGUACUCAGCUAUGAGGUUGCUUUUGACGCCAACUUUGACUUUGUCAAGGUUAGUCCACUGUCCAACAUCACCCACGAACCUCUCCUAUUUUUGGAACAUUGA